AAAGAGAAAAAUAAAAAAUAUUAUUUAUUUACAGUAUUAUUUAGGGUUUGUUGAGUAGUGAGAGUCCUAACUGUCCAUGGGGAGAUGGCUUUUCUAUGGACAGAUGUAGACGAUGUACCAACAAUAGGGUUGUCUACCACCAGGUUAGAUUAAAUAUCCCUCCCUCUCUCUCUCUCUCUCUCUCUCUCUCCUCCCCACUCUCUCCUCUCCAGGUCCUAACAGCACACAGCCCGCAUCCUCCAAACGUCUCCUCUCUUCCAGCAGAGCGAGAGGAUCAGAGAGAAGGAGAGCAGUAGUGACAGAGGAGCCACGUUGACUCUGAGCAUCUCCCUCACAGAGGUGGAGAGGGGCAGAGAGGGAGAGAAAGGGAGAAUGGAAGAGUGAGGAUACAAAAAAGGAGAAGGGAACAGAACAGAGAGAUAAGUUUUUAAGUUGAGGACGACAAGUGACUAAGAUCUUGGGAGUUGGAGAACAUCAUUUUUAUUUUUUUUGUCUUUGUGGAUUCUGAGCGCUGCCCGUCUGUACUCUUCUCCCCCGCCCUCCCCACUGCUCCUAAUCUCCCUGUUGUUUGCACCUCUUCUCACCCUGAGUAGCCUCACCCAGCUCCCGCCGUGGGGUCUCAGCUUUCCGUCACUCUCCCCCCCUCCCUUACUCCCUACCUUCCCCGGGCCCUGCUGGGAUCCUCUGGGCUGCUUCGCCGCAGGAGGAUGUCUCGCCGGGAGUCACCCCCACCGCCCUCUCCACCUCCACCACCUCCACAGCUACUGGGAGUUCAAAGAGGAGAGGUGGAGAGCGACGACCGUCCGGAGCGAGCUGAGCCCCUGUCAGAUGCUGAGAGGGAGAUCAUCCAGGACACAUGGGGUCAGGUCUACAAGAACUGCGAGGAUGUGGGAGUGUCUGUGCUCAUAAGGUUCUUUGUGUCGUUCCCAUCGGCCAAACAGUACUUCAGCCAGUUCCAGGACAUGGAAGAUCCGGCAGAAAUGGAGAAAAGCAGCCAGCUUCGACACCACGCCCGCCGUGUCAUGAACGCCAUCAACACUGUGGUGGAGAAUCUCCAUGACCCUGAGAAGGUGUCAUCAGUGCUGGCUCUGGUAGGAAAGGCCCAUGCCAUCAAACACAAGGUGGAGCCCAUGUAUUUCAAGAUUCUUAGUGGUGUGAUGCUGGAGGUGUUUAAUGAAGAUUUCCCAGAGUUCUUCCCAGCGGAAGUGCAGGUGAUCUGGACCAAACUGAUGAGCGCAGUGUACUGGCAUGUGACAGGGGCGUACACAGAGGUGGGCUGGCUCCAGGUCUCCAGCUCAGCGGUGUGAAGUGAAAGAGGUGGAGAAGCUGAACAAGUUUUAAGCGGACCUAUCAGAAAGAAAAGAAAUGUGUGUUCGGAAUAACACGACACGAGAGGAAAAGGUUGUUUGAAGGAAAGUCUUAGACGACGGCACAGUUGACGUCAAUCUGUACAACAUUACACAUCAUUUGGUUUUGGUGCUAAACCUAUUAGCUAUUUAUUAAAGUCCAGAAAUCUCUUCUAAUUGGUUCAUUUUAAGGGGUUGAAAAUUCUGAUGAAAUUGAAAACAGAAAACAUGACACAGCUCAACAGUUGACAAAGUUAUAUCGAUAAAAACCUAUCAGAGCUGUUGGAGAGGCACCUGAACGAUAAGUCUGUGUUUAACAUAUAAACUUUGAUGCCUUUUUUAAAAAGUGACCCCGUCAGAACUUUUUGACAAACAUACCAGAUGCUAUGUAGUGAUGACGUUAACCUCAGUACUGGUUCCUGUGCUUGGGGAUAUUACAGUAAUGCAGUUUUUCCUUGAGAAGUGGUGACUUGGUGGAAAAUAACUUUUCUGUGCUCCACUGAGGUCAAAAGUUUAAAAUAAAGAAUUAAUAAUGACAUAUUUAAAACCCUUUUUGGAAUGUAAGAAUAUUUUUGGAGACAACGUAAGACCUGUUUUCUGUCAUCAUUGUGUUGAACACCAGAGUAGAUCAAGUCACUGUGUCUGGUGUUCUAACAAUAACUGAAGGCCACCAAAUGAUUUCCUUCAUUGGGCAGGACGGGCGUGUUGAGAAAUAUUCUAUCGUUAUUCGUAACUCCACCUGUAGGUGAUGCUAAGUCCUACAAAGUGCAUUUUUACGAUUGUCAAAACUGAUAAAAGCUUCAAUCAGCUUCCGUUGACAGGACCUUUCAUUUCAUUAAUGGUAAUUUAAAUGGCAAGUCCUCCAGAAUAAAAGUCACCAAGUCCUGGCACUACGCAUCAAACAAUACUGGUACUAUGACUCAAAUAAAAUGAGAAUCCACACAGAUGUAAGUAAAAAGACUCACUCGUUCUGACCCA